ACUUGGGAAAUCGAUAAGUCGAAGAGUGGAGACGUGGCUUAACCUGGUCCCUCUACUGCGCAGUCUUCUUAAUGCAAUCCUCGGAAUAAAACAAUCAGCUUCUCCUCUCCAACCAAAUAUAUCCUUUAAGCUCCCUCUCCCUCUCCCUCUCCCUCUCCUCUGUUUCGCGGCGGAGAGAAUUGAAAUGGAGCUCAGCUUAAGCACUUCCUCCGCUUCUCCAGCGGUUUUGAGGAGACAAGCUUCUCCUCUGCUUCAAAAGCAACAAGUGCUCGGCGUUAGCUUUGCUUCCGCGCUUAAACCAAGGGGAGGAGCUCUCCGAUUUCCUUCUCGCCGUCUGUUUCCUCGUCCCAUCACUUGCUCCGCCUCUCCAUCAACCGCCGAACCAGCCUCCGAAGUGAAGAAAACGCAGUUGGAUAGGAGAAAUGAUGUGAGGAACAUAGCAAUCGUAGCUCAUGUUGAUCAUGGCAAAACUACUUUGGUUGAUUCUAUGCUUAGGCAAGCUAAGGUGUUCCGAGAUAACCAAGUCAUGCAAGAGAGGAUCAUGGACUCAAAUGACCUUGAGCGUGAAAGAGGAAUCACUAUUCUUAGCAAAAAUACAUCCAUCACUUACAAAAAUACUAAAGUAAAUAUUAUAGAUACUCCUGGCCAUUCUGACUUUGGGGGUGAAGUAGAGCGUGUCUUGAACAUGGUUGAUGGAGUGCUUCUUGUGGUCGACUCUGUUGAGGGACCUAUGCCCCAGACAAGGUUUGUUUUAAAGAAGGCUCUUGAGUUUGGACAUGCCGUUGUCGUGGUCGUAAACAAGAUUGACAGGCCUUCUGCUCGUCCUGAAUUUGUUGUUAAUUCCACCUUUGAACUCUUUAUUGAACUGAAUGCUACAGAUGAACAGUGUGAUUUCCAAGCGAUAUAUGCUAGUGGGAUUAAAGGAAAGGCGGGGCUUUCUCCUGACGACCUUUCAGAUGACCUGGGACCCCUGUUCGAAGCUAUAAUCAGAUGUGUACCUGGGCCAAAUAUUGAAAAAGAUGGUGCACUGCAGAUGCUUGCCACAAAUAUUGAGUAUGAUGAGCAUAAAGGACGCAUUGCUAUUGGACGACUACACGCAGGGGUACUGCGCAAAGGAAUGGAUGUCCGGGUGUGUACAUCUGAAGAUUCCUGUAGAUUUGCAAGAGUUAGUGAGCUUUUUGUAUAUGAGAAAUUCUACAGAGUACCUACUGAUUCAGUGGCAGCUGGAGAUAUUUGCGCUGUAUGUGGCAUAGACAACAUUCAGAUUGGGGAGACUAUUGCGGAUAAAGCACAUGGGAAGCCUCUACCUACAAUCAGAGUAGAAGAGCCAACAGUGAAAAUGUCCUUCUCUGUAAACACCUCUCCAUUUUCUGGUCGUGAGGGGAAAUAUGUAACGAGCAGGAACUUACGAGAUCGUUUAAACCGUGAACUUGAAAGAAAUCUAGCUAUGAAAGUGGAAGAUGGUGAGACAGCAGACACAUUCAUUGUAAGUGGGCGUGGUACACUACACAUUACCAUCCUAAUAGAAAACAUGCGAAGAGAGGGAUAUGAAUUUAUGGUAGGACCCCCGAAAGUUAUCAACAAAAAGGUUAACGAUAAAGUGCAAGAGCCAUAUGAGAUAGCAACUGUUGAAGUACCAGAGGCUCACAUGGGGCCUGUUGUUGAACUUCUUGGCAAAAGGCGUGGACAGAUGUUUGAUAUGCAAAAUGUAGGAUCCGAAGGAACAACUUUUCUGCGGUACAAAAUCCCGACACGUGGACUUCUUGGAUUGAGGAACGCAAUCUUAACAGCUUCUCGGGGAACCGCUAUCCUUAACACUGUAUUUGACAGUUAUGGACCUUGGGCCGGUGAUAUUAGCACCCGUGAUCUGGGUUCGCUGGUUGCCUUUGAAGAUGGAACAUCAACAUCGUAUGCUCUGGCGAGUGCGCAAGAGAGAGGGCAAAUGUUUGUGGGUGCAGGAGUGGAUGUAUACAAAGGUCAGAUAGUUGGGAUCCACCAGAGACCUGGUGACUUGGGCCUUAAUAUUUGCAAGAAGAAGGCAGCAACAAACAUACGGUCCAACAAAGAUGUAACAGUGGUUCUUGACACUCCCUUAACUUAUAGUCUGGACGACUGCAUCGAAUACAUUGAAGAGGAUGAACUGGUGGAGGUUACACCUCAGAGUAUCAGGAUGUGCAAGAAUCCUAAAAUGGCAAAGAAAGGCAGGCAGUAAAACCCAUUUUUGCAGCUGGGUUUGGAGAAAAAUUGAAGAGCUUCUAUAAGAAAAAUGAAAGCUAGCUUCUAGUGUUAUUUAUAGGCUUGUUUUGAUGAUUAUACCUAGUCUUAUUCUUUGUAGCAAAGGGUGAGUCCUCAUCAUGUGAUCCAAUUAAUGCUUUUGGAAAAACUCCAUGCCCUUUGAUCAUUGGAUACAUAAGUUGUAAAACUUCUAAACUUACCAGUAGCAAAUAUGGUUGCUUAAUAUCA